GAUUAUUGCCCCCUACAACAAUUAGUAAGUAAAUUUAAAAUUUAUAGUUUCAUAAUUUAUGGUUAAUCUGACAUGUUUGUUUGUGUAGUAAUAUGUAUCAUUGGAUGGUUGUACUUAUCCAACCAAGUACACAUACAGUAGCGUACUUGGAUUCCAACAAUGGAUAUGUACCAGAAGAUUUAAAAUACAUUGUUAACACGUCGCUCAACAUAGUUAAUAAAAGCUUAACUAACCGCAAUGACCGUCCCAUUGAGUGGAUAACUCCGAUAUGUCCACAACAACCAGACAGGAAGCAAUGUGGAUAUUAUGUCAUGAAAUUUAUUGAGAGUUUCAUGAACGAAGAAGAUCCAAUACGCCGAGUGAGAGAAAUGGGUAAGAGCGAUCCGUACUCAAAUGACGAGAUGAAUAUUUUGCGUGAUCAGUGGAUUGAAUAUGUUCGAGCACAAGCAGUGCGACAAGGGCUUUUACAAUGAUCAGUUUCUGUUUUUGUUUAUACUUUAUCCUAACUAAUUAGUGACAAUAUACAGUAAAAAUUAAUUAAUGUAGGGAAAAUUUUACUAUGUAAAACAGGAUCUGUUUAAGUUUCACU